UUGAGUUUUCCCAAUAGGUUAUUUUUCAAGCAUCUGUAGGAUUUGCUCUCGAACCUAAGGCGUCUUUUCUGUUGUAUCCUUCCGAGCUUCGACCAAUUUCCUCGCAACAAAUCUAUUUUGAAUCACUCCACCAGCGAAAGAGCGUUAUUUUUUCCUGUAUAAGCUCGAAUAUUUGACCAGAAAACCGGUUCCUUCUUCGAUAACAGAAAUUUACAUUAAACAGAUCUCUCAAGAACCAUAACGAAUUUUGGCGGACUCGUCGUUUCUUCACUUACGCUGCAAUAAAACGGAAAGGGUGACUUAUCAUUGCAAAUUAGUGAUAUUGCUGAUCAGCGAAAUUAACUUAAGAUGUGGACGGCGAUUUCAAGUUACAUUUGGGGCGAAACAGACGAGCAACUUGUCCCGGGAUCGGUCGACGACACCCAAAGCGUCGAUGACGACUGGAUUUUAGUGGACGUUCAAAAUGGCAAAAAUUCUGAUGAGAAAGAAAAUGACGACUCAAAGUUAAAAGUUCAAGUCCAACUGGAGGAAAGUUGGUACGUAACUCCACCGCCUUGCUUUGAAGCGAGCGGGCUUUCCCCCGAAGUUUUGGAAGCAAGCCCGAUGGAAGAUCUCCUCAUCGAACAUCCGAGCAUGUCUGUGUAUGGCCCAGGUAUAAGACGAUAUUCUCUUUCUUCUGCAUCGAGGAAUUCUAGCGCAGCUAGAAACGGAGAAGAGGUCGUGGAAAGGAGAGAACCGCGUCGUACAGUCCAGUUCCAAGCGCAGCUUGAGUUAAUUGAAAAGAGGCGUCAAACCGAACCUCCACUCCAAGGCAGCGUUCGCGCUAACAGAAAGAACUUAAAAAAGCAAAAUAUGGUUCAAUUUCAAAACAAUUCUAGGAGCAAACGAAAUAAAAAACGAAAUAGGAUGUUAGGAAAACAUGUUGGGCUACACGGCAAAAGGGGUUGUUGACCUUCGCUAGAAUUUUAAUAUUCAAGAGCGACGCUUGUGGAUUGGCGUGAGGGUCUAAAGUCCGUUGACUGUAAAUAUUUAAAACAUUCCUAUUUAUAUUCUUUCGGAGGGUAUAGUCUACUUUCCAGUGUAGGUUCAUUAUUUCGCUAGUGUAUUGUAUUCCUUAUUGUAAGGAAGAUAUUAAUAUAAUUUGAUCCUGGAAAUUUGAAAACUGGGCUCAAAAUUGUUGAAUAGCUCGCGGAGCUCGCACUUCCAGCUAUGUAAUUUAUGUAUCAUUCUUAGGUAGUACAGAUUGACGAGAGUAUUGUUGUCAUUAUUUUAUUUUUCUUAUGACAAAAACGGAAGAAAAAAUCGAUAUAAUUUUUAAAAUUUGAAAAAAGAAAUACAAUUUCAUCAAAUUUCAUACAUUACAAGGUCUGAUAAUUAGUGUCUUGAGUAUAACCUUGAGAUUGAAAUAAAACGAAUUUGAACAAAACCUCACUUUGCACGCUUUCGCAUCUUAUGCAAUGGUUACGUAACUACUGAUAACUGAGCGAGCGUUGACAGAUAGGCUGACGAACCCUCAUCUGGGUAGCCAAGUUGAGCAUAUUGUCA